AGUUGGGUCCAGUUGUGACCUGCCCGACGACGAGUUGUGAGCACUCGGGACACGCCGCAAGGACAGAGGCGUUCCGAGGGUUCGAAGCUUGCGCCGCUCCAUGGCGUCAUCUUCCAAGGUCAAAACCAAGAAUUCCUUGGAUCAGCUGGAGAUCAAGUUGCAGUCCGACGUGGACUGGCUGACCACUGCCCUGGCGCCCAAGUUGAAGGCCUCGUCGGCCAAGAAGGCCCCUUACGCCUUCGUGAACGGCUCGCUGAAUGCCCUCGGCUCCAAACUGACCAUGCAAGAAGCGGAAUCGCUGCAGAAAUUGGUCAAGGACAUGGUCGCGAAGCGAAAGAAGUUGGAGCAGGAGGCAGAGAAGAAAAGACUCGAAGAGGAGGAAAAGAAGAAGAAAGAGGAGCUUCCACAAAACGACGUUUCCGACGCGGAUUUCUUUGCUCAAUACAUGUGAGAUUCCUGCGUCCCGCCUCCUGAGGGGUCGGGGUUGCACUGAGUACAGAACCAGCAGAAGACAUGGGGAGAACAUGG